AUGAGCAGCCCCUGUGCAGAGGCCUGGUCCAUGAGCAGCCCCUGUGCAGAGGCCUGGUCCAUGAGCAGCCCCUGUGCAGAGGCCUGGUCCAUGAGCCAGGCCCCCUGUGCAGAGGCCUGGUCCAUGAGCAGCCCCUAUAUUAUCGAUUCUUUUCUGGUCGUGUUUCUGGGCCAUAUCUCACUCUCGGCCUCAGUCCAUUACGUCGCGGCGAUAAGUGACUGUUUGAUGGAGGCAGACGUUCCGGCAGCCGUGAUCUCGUUAGGCCUGAAACCCGAGCUGCGAUGGUUCUUGUGGCUUGGAUCUUCAGGCCGCAAGCGGAGAUAG